AUGCAUAUUAUUCCUUAUAAAAUGGAGGGUGGUAAUUUGUGGAACAAAAGCUUCCUUCUAGUGUUAGCUCUGGCUGUUGUAAACACGGUGAAUGGACAUGGCACACGUGUGGGAUUCUAUUCACACUCAUGUUUUCGAGCGGAGUGCAUUGUUAAAUCCACAGUUGAAUCCUACGUUAAGUCUGACCCAACUCUUGCUGCUGGGUUGCUCAGGUUGCAUUUCCAUGAUUGCUUUGUGAGAGGUUGUGACGCUUCCGUUCUCAUUGAUGGCCACGAUACUGAGAGAAGAGCACCUCCAAACGUUAAUUUGAGAGGCUUCGAUGUUAUUGAUGAUGCAAAGACACAACUCGAGGCUGCGUGCCCUGGUGUUGUAUCUUGUGCUGAUAUCCUUGCCCUUGCUGCUCGUGAUGCCGUUGUUCUGAGUGGUGGAUACGGUUGGGGAGUGCGCACUGGACGUAGAGAUGGAAGGGUUUCAAUUGGAUCGGAAACUGGUUCUUUGCCCUCUCCUAAUGAUACCGUUGCAAUUCUGAAGCACAAGUUUUCAGUUCUUGGUCUUAACAUUCGAGACCUUGUCAUUCUUGCUGGUGGGCACACGAUGGGUACAACUGCUUGCAAAUUCUUGGCAGACAGAAUAUACAACUCAAAUGGCACCGAUCCUUCCAUCGAUCCUUCUUUUAUUCCAUUUUUGCGGCAAAUUUGCCCACAAAAUGAACCGACGAGGCGAGUGGCACUAGACACAGGCAGCCAAUUAAGAUUUGACACGUCAUACUUCGCUCACCUUAAGAAAGGGCGAGGAGUUCUCCGUUCUGAUCAGUUGCUUUGGAGCGAUGCAUCGACGCGGAAGAUUGUCAAGAAAUACUCAUCCACAGCUCUCUUCAAACUCAAAUUUGGUAAGUCUAUGGUGAAGAUGGCCAAUAUUGCUGUCAAAACCGGUGUUAACGGUGAAAUUCGCAAGACUUGUUCUGCUGUUAAUUAGUUUUACUA